ACUUGGCAUGUCUGAAAAAAUAUUAGUAACUGUAAAGGAGGGUAAAAUUCGUGGCGUUAAACAAUUUUCCACGUUCUCCGGAGUUGAAUAUUAUUCUUUUUAUGGCGUUCCUUAUGGUCAACCACCCAUCGAUAAUUUACGAUUCAAGGACCCUGUGAAAGUGAAACCAUGGAAAGAAGUUCUCGACGCGACUGCCGAGCAGCCAGGUUGUUCACAAUUUUCGCUCCUGUCUUAUGAAUACUUAGGAACCGAAGAUUGCUUGUUCAACAAUAUAUAUAUACCAAAGAUGCCAAAGAAAAAUGAGAAUUUGAGACCAGUGAUCGUCAACAUUCACCCGGGAGCCCUUCAUUUUGGUACACCACAUUCCACACACUACGGAUCUCCUCAAUUUAUUAUGCAUCAUGACACCGUGUAUGUGUGCAUUUCGUACAGACUGCAUAUAUUAGGCUUUCUGAACUUGGGAUUAAAAGAAUGCUCUGGAAAUCAAGCACUCAAAGAUAUAAUAUUAUCACUCAAAUGGAUCAAAGAAAAUAUACAUUCAUUUGGUGGAGAUCCUGACAACGUAACAUUGAUCGGAAGUAGCAGCGGAGCAGGAUUAGUUAACAUACUGAUGUUAUCACCAGCAGCCAGAGGCCUAUUCCAUAAAGCGGUAAUCAUGGGCAGUUACGUGCUAAGUCCUGUCGUUCCAUUUCGAGACACGAAUAAAGACGUUGGACUGGAUGUUGCAUUAACUUUGGGCUACCAAGACGAUCCGAAAGACUCUAAAAAAAUAUUAUUGUUUUUAAGAAAACAAGAACCCUUGAUGCUUAUCGAACAAUGCAGACGUUGUCAAAAAGCUGCCCAAGAGACAAUCGCCGCCAUUCUGCCAAUUGCUGCAUUCUCUCCCACCAUUGAUCCGGUUGUUAUACCCGAUUCGCCGAAAAAUCUUGUCCCAUCUAUAACGAAAAUACCCACCAUGGUGGGAUUUUCUCAGAAAGAAUCAGUUCUUGGAUUCGUGAGAACUCAAAGAGCACAAACUGAGAAAAAUUUCAACGCUUCGUUUCGUCAAAAUGCCUGGGGUUGGGGAUAUAAUCUCAGCGACAAAGAUGUUAAACUCAUAAACAAAGAAAUGGAAAUGUUUUACACUAACGGGCAGCCUUUGAAGAAUGCACCGUUGCCUCUUAAAGUUGAUAUCCAAAGUGAUAUAUCAAUGUCAGAAAUUUAUGACACAGUUAUCAAUCCUAUAUCAAAAGAUUUGCCAUCUUCAGUAUUCGUUUAUUUGUUCGAAUUCGAGGGCAAUAUUUUUACCAUGAAUACAACACUGAAAACUGUACUCGACGAGCCACUCAAAGGAACCCUACAUGCCACAGACUUCAGCUACUGGAAUCGUAUAGGUGAUCCGGGUGACAAAGAUGCUCAUCAAAUGGUCCACACUUUCACCAAACUCAUUACAACAUUUGCCAGAAAUGGAGAUCCAAAUUACGAAGAAUUUUCAAUCAAAUGGAGACCUUCCACACCAGAGACCCCAUGUUACUUGAGUAUAAAUAAACCAUUUGCAAUGGUUGAUGGUAAACUGAACAACGAUAGACUGGAAUUUUGGGACACAAUAAAAAAGAAAUAUAAAAAAGAAUGAAGGCAAAUAAAA